CAUGAAGACAUAUAUAGCCAGUCCAACUUUCAUAAUUUUAACAAAUAUCUAGUAUCAUGAGUUCGAAGCACUACUGCAAUAGGUGUGUCAGUCCAUUAACAAGGAUAGAGGGCUUGAAAUAUAAGCGUCGAUGUAGCCCACUUUUAAGCGGCGGGCGAGUGGGGUUCAAGAGACAAUGUAGGUGUAGGGCAGUUCUAAACGCCAGACAUCGUGGCAUACAGGCUACAACGUACUGUGCUGAACAAGCGAGGUUGCCAAGCUCGCAGAUCAGUAGCUAUCGAUCGGUCGCAGCAUCAGAUACGAAAGAGAGUGUUGUUUUACCGGACGAGCUUCUUCUAAAAAUCUUGUCGAAAUUGAGAUUUCAUACACUGAUAGAGUGCAAGUACGUAAGCAUAAUAUUCAAUACCAUCGCAAGUGACUCCUCUUUAUACAAAAGACUCCCGUAUAAGGUUUGGAACGAUUCAUUGAGCAAUCUGUCAAUUGAGAAGGUUCUGCAAAUCCUGAAGCUCUACCCAAAACUGGAAGCUUGGACUUUCUCGUCGCAUCACCAACCUACUGGCAGCACACUAAAAGAACUUUCACACACUCUUCCGAAUUUGAAACGCAUUGAUGUAACAGAUGUUGAGGAGUAUCAGCACCUGGAUCUGCUUGGAUGCUGGCCCAAGUUAGAGUCUGUAAUCGCUCCUGAAUAUUUUUCAAACGAUCUUACGCAUCUAAAGGUGUUGGAGAUAGUCGAAGGGCGGAACGAUCUGCCGGCAAUAAAAUCCAACAGUUUGGAGAGGAUCUGCGCUGGACAGACAACUUGUGUACAGAAAUUGCUCGAUGGCUGCCCAGGCCUUAGAUAUCUUAGGUUACACUGGCAGAUUUUAAAUCAAGAACUACAUAGCACAACACUUCAGAAUCUGGCUGUGUUUUGCAUAGAGUCUCCGACAGCAUUGAAUGAUUGUACGAAUCUCGAAAGGUUGGAAGUAACUGAAAUCAAUGAAACUAAUAUGGCAAGUUCCACUGCGCAUACACUGCGUAUCUGGAAUGGCAAUGUGCCGUGUUUUCUGCUGGACAAGUUUCCAUCCGUAACUAACCUGGAGUGUAAUUACCCAAUCUCGACACUCUCGGAGGGCUUCGCCUCAGGUAACCUACUACGACUGGAGCUGGCAGAAAAACUUCCAAGAAUGUAUAGUCUGCCAAACGUAUCGGAGAUGAUAUUGCAAAGGGUGCCUGUCACCACUGGUAUUCGAUUAGCCGGUUUACGUACAUUGAAUAUAAGGUGCUUCGCCGAUAAAGCAGUACUUGUCAGCACUCUUCUACAAUGCCCACUGCUCAAGACUGUACACCUGCAAUGCACUGUACCCUGGCUAGACAGCGGUGAUAUAAGAGCGUCUUCAUCCGAAAGCGUGUGGAAAGAAUUUUCUCGGUUAGAUUUUAGAUCAGUGUGCAUGGUAGUUGGCGAUGAGCUGCGAGGAACAAUGCCGCCGUCUUUUGAUGAAUUAUUGAGCGAGCAUAGAGCGGGCUUUGCGACACCAUCAGAGAAUCUUAUGUUCUCUUAGCCAAC